CCGCAGCCUUCGUCGUUAAACUCGAUAAUCGAGUUUCACGGUUGCCGCUUGAGACUCGCGUCUCGGUAUUGAAAGUCUCCCAAGUGCUCGUGAUCCGACAGCCCGAAAGUUUGCCCGAUAAAUUAUAAAUACACGACAAUUAGCUGCCGCUGGCUACGACGCGUUCCGAUUAUUCGAUCUUCCUCGAGAUCUCCGCGCGAUGAUUUCUUAUCUCACCCGCCCCUCUUCGUCGCAGACACGCAUCACCGAUCUGUAGAGAAAUGUGGAGUAAGACGAGACUGAAGCAAAAAAAAAGCUUUGGUAAAAGCGAAACUACUGACUCUUUGCUGCAUACAUUUUUCUGCCGAAUAUAUUUUGCUAGAUUUUGGUAGACUUAUAUUCUCAUUCGGCAUCAUUCGGCCCGUUAGAUCAAUCGAGGAUCUAAUCGAUCGUGGGUAAUGACGGCUCUCCUCGCCGAACGAUCGGCGUCGCGAUUAAACAGCGUCGAAUCGUACGGGCGCGGCGGCAACGUCUUCCCGAUCGGAGACGAGUGAAAAUAGCCGAUCCGCAGGAGAUCGGCGCGGCCACCGGCUCGUCAUAUAAGGCAUGUUUUCGCCGGUAUACCGUCAGUUCGAAAGUACAAGCUGUCGCGCGUGGAGGAGAGCCGCGUAGACGCGCGCGUCCGUCGCGCGAGGUACAUCGAACAUGAGGUCGCGUCUCGCGCUGAUCGCGCUGCUCGCCGUUUCCGGCAACGCCACGACGGAGAAAGGAAAAUCCGGGGGGGUUCCUUGCAUUGACGACAAUAAGUUCUACCGAAAUCCCGAGGCACCGUCGCACAGCAUCUGGUCGCCCGCGGAGUGCGCCAAGUAUUUCCUCUGCCUAGACAACGAGGUGUUCGAAUUCAAGUGCUCGCAGGGCCUCCUCUUCGACGUCUCCAGGCAGAUCUGCGACUUCAAGGCGAACGUCGACAACUGCGAUGUAACCUCAGAUGUCCAACCGGCGAGGCCGUUGCUGGAGAACGGCCAGUGCGAGGAGAAGAGUCUGGCCUGCGGCGACGGCACGUGCCUCCCGGCCCUCUACUUCUGCGACGGCAGCGUCGAUUGUCCCGACGGCUCUGACGAAGGAUGGUGCGACGCGCUGCACGACACGAACGCCGCGCCGGUUUGCAAGCCGCAGAAAUGCCGGCCACCGGAUUGUUGGUGUUCCGAGGACGGAGCCGGAAUCCCGGGGAAUCUCACCGCUCUCGCGGUGCCGCAGAUGAUAACGAUCACCUUCGACGACGCCGUGAAUGCUGAAAAUUUCGAGCUCUACUCGAAGAUUUUCACGGACGACAGGAAGAAUCCCAACGGCUGCCCCAUAAGAGGUACCUUCUACAUCAGUCAUCAGUACACGAAUUACAGGGACGUGCAGUAUCUGUGGAACGUCGGCCACGAGAUAGCCGCGCAUUCCAUCACGCAUCGCGGACCGGAAGAAUGGUGGUCGAGGAACGCGACGAUCGAGGACUGGUUCGACGAGAUGGUCGGGAUGGCGAACAUCAUCAAGAAGUACGCGGCAGUCCGUAUCGGCGAUAUCAAAGGGGUAAGAGCGCCGUUCCUGCAAGUCGGAUGGAAUCGCCAGUACCUGAUGAUGUCGGAGUUUGGCUUCGUUCACGACUCCUCGAUCGUCGCACCGUUCUCCGAUCCGCCUCUGUGGCCGUACACGCUCGAUUACAGGCCGUCGCAUCCGUGCGUCCGCGUGGGGCAGCUCUGCCCGACCCGCUCCUACCCGGGCAUCUGGGAGUUGCCGUUAAAUCAACUCUUGGCAGGUGUAAGUGAUCACCGCGCGACAGAUGGGACACGCUCUCGAUUAACCGCCGGAUCUUUUGUCCGCUUUUGUGACUCUGUACCUGGCGAAAACCGAAGCUGCCGUUUUCACUCGCGGGCAGUUAGCGAGCAGGUGAGCCAAUGUGCGAGCAUACUAACUUUCGGAACCUUUACGCAGGAUUAUACUUGCACCACUGUGGACUCGUGCCCUUCCGAUUUAUCCGGCGAGGAGAUUUACAAGAUGCUCAUGCUGAAUUUCAAGCGGCACUAUCUCACCAAUCGUGCACCGCUGGGCCUACACUUUCACGCGUCGUGGUUCCAAAACCCGAUGUACUUCUACGCGUUUAACAAAUUCGUCGACGAUUUGCUACGACUGGAUGAUGUGUUCUUCGUCACGAGUCACCAGGUCGUAGAAUGGAUGCGUAGACCAACGUCUCUCAGCGAAAUCGAAAAAUUCACAUCCUGGCAGUGUGAGAAACGGCGUCUCGAGUCGUUUGAGGUCGCCUGCGACUUGCCAAAUAGUUGUAAACUACCGAGUAGAGUGCUCAAGUCAUACAGGUAUUUGCACACGUGCUUCGAAUGCCCAAAACAAUAUCCAUGGUUAAGAAAUGAAUUCGGAGCAGAGUGAAGGUGAUAAAUAUGUAGGAAU